AUGGAUUGCUUCCGCCAGAUUUACCGGUGCAUCAAGUCACCAUUCACACGCUCAAGCAAGCAGGGAAGGAUCCUUCACAUUACUUCCGCAAGGAAGAGAUUGCCCGCCUGUUUCUCGGACGCCGAGUCAGUCGUGUCGCCCAAGCAAAACCCGGUCGAGCUAUCAGUUCUGACACCAUCACAGCACCCUGACGUCCCAGAAGAGCCACGAGGCAGCGAAAGACGAGACGAGUAUCGAGAUGACGCCCUGCCCCCCGUCGGCCAAGGCCAAGAUUCAGAGUCACGUCCGGAGAUUGAGCGUCAGAUUGUCGCAGUCCGGUUCCGAGACCGUUUGAGGCCUUCGCGAUGGCUGAGCCCUGUGCGCUCAGCGACGCCUGUGAGCUGCAAUGAGAGGCAGGCUUCAUCAAAUGAGUUGGAAAUGUACACCACGGCGGACGAGAAACCGAGGGACACUUGA